GGGAGAAGUAGGCACUGAGGUGUGGGGCUUUUAUUGAGAGAGAGGGAGGGAGAGAGCGAGAGAGAGUAUGUUUUCUUAGGGAAAUCAAGCGAGAGAGUUUCUCUCUUUUCUGGGUUGUCCAUUUUCUUCCUCUCCUUUUGAUGCAAAGAGAAGGUUAAGUAAGGCGGUGAUUAAUUUUUGGGAGUUUAAUUAAUUUGUAAGCGGCGGUUAUCUUUCCCCUCAAGCAGCAACCAAGCUAGGGUUUGGAAGAGAGUGAAGAAGGAGAAGCAUGGCAUUAAUGUCCAGGGAAGGGCUUCUUUGCGCCAUGAAAUCCGUAGUCUCAGCUUUUUACGGCAUUAUAUUGUGGCCUUUAUUAUGCUUACCAACUUUCCUCGUCAAAACUACGAUUCUCUACUGUUCCGAACGUUAUAUCCUCCUGCAAGGUCUCAAAACCCUAAGUCCUUCUCCUGCUACCACCGACGCACAUCAGAAUCGGAACGCACGCAAUCCUAGUAUCAACGAUGCCAACGUCGUUUCAUCAUCGCCUUCUUCUCGGCUUCCUCCUCCUCCCCCUCCUUCCCCUCCUCCUCCUUCUCCUCCUUCUGCUCCUUCUUCUUCUGCUCCUUCUUCUUCUUCUUCUUCUUUGUUCAAGUCAUUGGAUUCUGAGCAAUGGCCGGGGGCACAGUACCCUGCGAUGGACGAUUUGAUAGGGGCAGAGAACGGGGUUUACAUGAUGAUGAGUUGUCCUGAGCACGAAAUCAUAACUGGAGUAGCCGAGACGAAAUCCAGGCCCUCCGUUCGCCGCCGCGAGACCUGGCAUCGACGGUGCGAAACGGCGAGGAUGGCCGAAUACCCGCCGCCGAUACCGCAGCUGGGACGUGCGGGUGAGGGACCGUGGGACCUGAUCAGAGAGUACACGAGCGAUGGAAGGCUGAUCAUUAGAAUGGAGAGAAAGAAGAACCACAGGUGCAUGGAAGCCCACAGGUCCCACAACCGCCUCGUGUUAAAGAUGUUCUCCCAGACGGACCCCACAGAAUAUCAUAAUGAUGAUCACAACCUCGAACCAUAUGAAGAUGAUCGCCAUUUAAUGGAAAAAGAAGAAGAAGAAGAAGAAGAAACAGAGAGCGAGCCAGACGAUGAUGAUGAUGAUGAUGAUGAUCGCAUGAAAGCAGAGGAGAAAGAAGACGAUAGGGUCCCAGGUCCUGCAGCUUGGAGGGUGCCGUUUGAGCCCAGCAGUGUGCAUUGUCACGGCGCAAUUCUGACACAGCCUCUGGUUAAUUAAUGAAGUUUUUCAAUUUGGUUUUUUGCUUUUCUUUUUUCUGCACCAAUGCAUGCAAGUUAUCUUUCUUUGUGUUGUUUUUUUUGUGGGGAAGUGGGAACAGCUCUGAUAAUUGGUGGGGUGGUGGUGCGCAUAGCCUGGAACUGGAAGCAGCCAAACGAUGGUUUGAUAGCAAUGCGUAAGAAACAGGGGGGGCUUUUUGUCACCUCUGCCUUUAUCUCUGUCACUUUCGUUUUGUGGGUCAUUGAGUAGAGUACAGCCUUGCAUAUACGGUUUGUACUCGCAGCUUUCUUGAAAAAAAAAAAAAAAAAAAAAAAAAAAUUAUAAUUGCGUGAGCAAUAAAAUUCAACCAUUUCGUUUGUGGGAA